AGUUCUUAUGAUCACCUUCAGGAAAAAGCCUUUAGAACUAGAGAGAGAGAGAGAGAGAAAGGGAGAAAGAGAGAAAGAGAGAGAAACAAAGGUGAAAUAAGAGAUAUGAUCACCAUGAGAGGGUUAGAGAGGAGAUCAGGAGUGAGGCAGUACAACAGAUCUCAAGUCCCACGCAUUCGAUGGACCGAGGAGCUCCACCGCUGCUUCGUCAACGCUGUCGAUCGCCUUGGAGGAGAGGAUAAAGCAACACCGAAGCGAAUUUUGCAGUUGAUGGGAGUGAAGGGAGUAAACAUAUCUCAUGUUAAAAGCCAUCUUCAGAUGUACAGAAGCAUGAGCAGCCAUGGAGGCCUAAACACUAACUCAAUUCCGACGGAAGGCAUCGACAAAUGGAUGAGCGCGGAUUGCAGCCAUCUCCCUGUUCGAGCUUCGGAGAGUCGCUGCGAGUAUCCACCAAUGAUGAGCUCCAUGCUCAGCUGCAACCAUUCAUACAAAAUCUGCAGUCAGUCCCUAGAAGAUGUUUUCAGAGGCUGGGCUUCAAAGAUGACAGGCUGUACUCCCAGUAGCAGUCGCUUUCUCAGCACAAGAGAUCAGUUUUGUUCAGCUGGACUACAUGAUCAAGUGCUUCAGGAGCAGCUGAAGUGCGAGCUAACCCUCUCAUCCUCCGCGCACCGAAUGCCGACAAGAUGUGAAGAGACGAGCGAGAUAGGCUCGAGCAUCGAGUUUGAUACGGGUGAAGAGGUCCCGAAGACGGUUAAGAAGAGCCCAAUAAACUUGGAACUGUCGAUCUCGUCGCCCUGUUGCUCUUAAUUUUGUUUAGGAGAAUAUAGAGCGCGUAUAUAGAGCAUAAACUUGUAUAGAGUGUCCGACCUUAUGCACAAAGUGAAUGAUCAGAUUUUAUAUCAUUUACAACAUCUGCUCUAUCA